AUGUCUGUCGCCUCAGUGCCAAUCUCCGUUCCGGGUUCGAAUAAGUCCAUAUCGCUUCAGACGGGCCUUUUCAUAAACAAUGAAUUCGUUCGGUCCGUGGAUGGGUCAACCAUCGAGUCCGUCAACCCUGCAACGGAGGAGGUGAUUUGCAAGAUCUCGGCAGCAUCCGAGAAGGACAUCGACCUCGCCGUUGCUGCCGCGCGCAAAGCGUUCAAGACGACUUGGGGAAAGAACGUCACCGGCGUUGAGCGCGCGAAGUUGAUAAACAAGCUUGCAGAUCUGAUCGAACGCGACCAGGAAGAACUCGCCCAACUCGAGUCCCUCGACAACGGCAAGCCUGUCCGGAUCGCAAGGGAGGGGGAUAUUGCCGACUCUGUUGGAUGUCUCCGAUACUAUGCCGGGUGGGCAGACAAAAUCGUCGGUCAAACGAUCGAGGUGAACAACAAUACCAAGCUCUGCUUGACACGCCAUGAGCCUAUCGGAGUUUGCGGACAGAUUAUUCCAUGGAACUAUCCCAUUCAGAUGUGGGCGUGGAAGGUUGGACCUGCCCUGGCCACUGGAUGUACAAUCGUAAUGAAACCUUCGGAAAUUACCCCCUUGUCUGCCUUAAAACUGUCCGAACUUGCCAGGGAGGCAGGAUUUCCUCCCGGUGUCAUCAACACGGUACCUUCACUGGGCUCGGUCGGAGGAGCGGCGCUCGCAGCUCAUCCUGAUGUGGACAAGAUUGCUUUCACAGGGUCCACCGUGACAGGUCGUAAAAUAAUGGAAGCAGCCGCGAAAAGCAAUCUGAAAAAAGUUUCCUUGGAGCUUGGAGGAAAGUCGCCACACAUUAUCUUUGAGUCUGCGGAUUUGGAUCAAGCUGCGAACUGGGCUGGACUCGGAAUCUUGUACAACAAUGGACAGGACUGCACGGCCGGCUCUCGGCUGUUCGUGCAAGACACGAUAUACGACAAGUUCAUGGCGAUUCUUGUGAAGAAGACGCAGGAACUCGUUGUAUCUCAUGGGUUCGAUGAAAAGGCUUCUGCUGGUCCGGUGGUGUCGAAAACGCAAUACGAACGGGUGUGGAACUAUAUUGAGUCUGGGAAAGCAGAGGGCGCUAAGGUGAUAAUUGGCGGAGAGAAACGUAAGGGGCGCGGAUACUGGGUCGAUCCAACAAUAUUCGGCGAGAUCACGCCCUCAAUGAAGAUUGUGAAAGAGGAGAUCUUCGGUCCUGUUUUGGCCGUCGCAAAGUUCGCAACGGAGCAAGAAGCAAUUGCGCUCGCCAACGACACGUCCUAUGGACUCGGCGCUGAUGACGCCAAUCAAUGCAUGCGCGUUUCAUCUGCUCUUGAGGCCGGAACGGUAUGGGUCAACCAAUACAACAUCUUGAAUAACAACGUGCCGUUUGGGGGAAAGAAACAAAGCGGUAUAGGUCGUGAGCUCGGGAGUUAUGCCCUGGACGAAUACACUUCCAUCAAGGCUAUCCACUGGAACUUUGGCGAGAAGCUCGACUGGCCCUUCUAA